AGUGCGUCUCUGCGCGGAGACGCAGCCGCUGGAAUGUGGCGAGCGCGCGCGGUCGUCGCCGCGGCGGCAGUGUAGGGCGGAAGAACGUGUUCGAGCGGCCAACUAGCGCCAACCACACCACGUCUUCUUCUUCUUCUUCUACUUCGUCGUCGUCGUCGUUCGCUUCUUCCCGACUUCGCUUCACUAUUCGACGUCUCAUAGUGACCCGACGGCCAUGCCAUGCGCGCCAACGGACACCGCGUUGAAAGCAAUCUGCAGGAUGUGCGUGUUGGUCGACAUCGCGAUAAACUUGAACUGAUUCGUGACUCUCUACGACCUUUCGAGCAGACCGGCAGCGAUGCUUCUGCUGCGGCACCGGAGCAGAACAUUACGCAUGCAGAGUCGCAUUCACCCGUAGUGGAUCCAUCGGUGAAUUCUGGGAUUUUGGAGCAACAGCGUGCAAUGGUUGAUAAUCUAAUAGCACAGGGUUAUGAGCAGGACGCUGCCUACUAUGCUCUGAAGUUGGUCAAGUUUGCAAGCACAGCAGCUGCCGUCGAUGUGCUCAAACUAAUAAAUCAUGAUCAUGCGAAUAUGGAGGAGAUGAAGAAUGAGCGUCUUUUGAGCGUCCUUCCACAGUCGAAGAACUCCGCAGCUGCGAAUGGGAAUGCUCACAUGCAGAAUAAAAUGCCAAACGGGGCGUCAAACGGAAAUUUGUAUCCCAUGCAAUUUGGUAAUGUCGAGGACAGUGCAUCUUCACGUUCUACUUCUCCGUUGCCUCCUCAAAUGCCUUCGCCUACGUCUGGUGCUAUGCCACCGUUUGUAUCAUCAUCGUCUGGACAUAUGGUUCCCACCACCACAUCGUUUGUUUCAAUGGCCGGACCAUCAAGCUCAUCACCUCACUCGGGCUCUUCAAAUACAACACAGUCCAGUGGCUUGGCGAACUCUUCACAGCACAAGGCCUUGCGAAGACAAUAUACGCCCGUAACACCUGAUUACCACAGGACUCAUGUGCACAUAUCGACAACGCCUUAUGCUCAAGAUUUCUAUCAGCAGCAAGUUCGCGGUCAGCAAAACUACAAACCUUCAAUCUAUAUUGAGAGAGGCGCGGAAAGACCUGUCGGCAUGAUGAAGCAGCACUAUGUGGUGAGGGACAGCUAUAAAAAUCCACUUGAUACGUCAAUGUCGGCUCCAAUGGGACAAUCGACUUCGCAUGUGCAGAUUGGAGGUGUAUCAUCGCAUCUUGGUCGUUACGGACAGCAGCCUCAUCCUGUCAUUCGAACGACUUUCAGUGCUGCUCCUUUGAAAAGCAUGGUGAAUAUCAAUGUGUCUCCGAUUAACGCGGCUAAUGAAGCUAGAACAUAUCGCCUCGAUGUAGCUGGCAGAGAUGGUGUCUCUUCGGUGCAUGGAAUACCUGGGCAAAUCACUGGAGUCCAAAACAUCAUGGUUGACCCAGAUGUUGCUCAUCGCGGUUAUAUCGGCUAUGAAGAUGAACUACGUCCCAAACACCCCGCCACUGAUGUGACACCUUCAACAUCGAACGAUCAGCCGAUGAGACAUGAUCGAUUGGAACGUGCCUAUGGAUUAUCUUCGCAUCACGCUUCAUCUAGAAAUGAGACAUCUCAACCUUCGGUAGUUCGAUGCACUUCGCCCUUGCCUGAAUCCAUAUCGAAUCGGCUAAAGCAACAAAAAUAUGAGAAAUAUGUGAAGCCAUGUAGACCGCGAAUGUUUUGCUUCUUCAUGGAACAACAUGUGGAACGUCUCUUAGCACAAUAUAAAGAAAGGAUGAAGCGAGCGCAUCAGUUGCAACGAGAAAUGGAAGCUGCGAAUCUGCCGGAGUCGAUGAAACAAAAGAUGCUCGAUUUCUUGCAGCAGAAGGAGUCCAGGUAUAUGCGUUUGAGACGUCAAAAGAUGAACAAGGAUAUGUUUGAAGUACUGCAGCACAUCGGUGUCGGAGCUUUCGGUCGUGUCUCACUUGUGAAGAAGAAGGACUCUGGUCAAGUAUACGCCAUGAAAAGCUUGUUGAAGAAGGAUGUCAUUAUGAAACAGCAGGCCGCGCACGUGAAAGCGGAGAGAGAUAUUCUUGCCGAAGCGGAUUCACCAUGGAUUGUAAAGUUGUUCUUCUCAUUCCAAGAUGAUCGAUGCCUAUAUUUUGUGAUGGAAUAUGUACCGGGCGGUGACAUGAUGCAAUUACUAAUAAACAAGGGAAUUUUUGAGGAAAAACUAGCACGCUUCUACAUAGCCGAGCUGACCUGCGCUAUAGAAUAUGUUCAUUCACUGGGUUUCAUUCAUCGUGACAUCAAGCCGGAUAAUAUAUUGAUAGAUCAGCAAGGUCAUAUAAAGCUGACUGAUUUUGGGCUAUGCACCGGAUUACGCUGGACCCAUGACCGAAGAUAUUAUGGCCCUGAAAAUGAUUCUGAGCCCUCCCAUAUGAGAGUCGAUUCGUUUUCGCUUCCUCCUGAGGUUGCGGCUAUGGAGCAGAACAUGAAGGUCUUGAACGUUCGCCAUCACAAGAAACGUGAUCAAGCGCAUUCUGUUGUGGGGACUGGUAACUACAUGGCGCCGGAAGUCAUAUUAAAGAUUGGUCACACACAGCUUUGCGACUGGUGGUCAGUUGGUGUCAUACUGUACGAAAUGGUUUUUGGUAGACCUCCGUUUAUGUCCGUUGCUGAUGAUCCGAAAGAAACUCAGUACAAGAUUAUUAAUUGGCCACGAUAUCUUGACGUAUCACCGCGAGCCGGAGGCGCUCAUCUUUCGCGUGACUGCAUCUCACUUAUACAGCGUCUAUGCUGUGACAAAAAUAAUAGAAUAGGGUCAGUUGGGGCGCGAGAAGUGAUGGACCAUCCCUGGUUUAGAGGCAUUGAUUUUAAAAAUUUGCGAUCUACACGGGCUGAAUAUAUACCGAGAGUUGAGCACGCUGAAGAUACGUCCAACUUCGAGACUGUUGAGGUAACCGAGUCACCUUUCGAAACCUUGGGCAAAAGGGCUCCAAAUAACCCGGCUUUCUACGAGUUCACUUUUCGUCACUUCUUUGACACCGAUGGCCAAGGUUGCCCAAGUCUUCGACCACCACAGAAACGUCCACCACUUGCCCCAUUGUUUGAAAGCACUGGAGCGAGGCAUGAGACAAAGAAUAAAAGGAAGAUGAGAUGGAUGAGGCAAGUCUCAUGUCUAGUUCAUGUAGUUUUUUUUUCAUUAGUCAUGGAGAGGGGGUCUUAUUCUGAGAUUGAAUUGCCAAUAUUGAUAUAUGCAACCUGA